CUGCCUCCUGAGUGCUGGGAUUAAAGGCAUGCGCCACCACCACCUGUCUAGGUUUGCCUCUUGGUUGGGAGAUUGAGGCUUACCUUGGCCUAGCUCUGGAGACUUGUUGGUCAGAGAGAGGAGUAAACUGAAUGCCAGAUUCAGGGAUCUGUGUGAUGAUGUAGUUCCCACUGGUCACCAUUGCUCUGGGAGGUGGAGUUUGGUCUCUUACCCAUUUCCACUAAGAGUGUCGAGUGGACUUUAGCCGAGAACAGGGAGGGUGCCUCAGCAAGACAGGGCAGGACCUGACUUUGGAUUCCUUAGACCCAGGAACGGCUCUGACCUUUCCCGGGAGAUUGGUUCGUGUUGCCUGGCAUGGAGAAGCUGCUACCCUAGGCCCUUUCUUCCAUACUUGCAACUGAGAAGGGAUGCUGACAAUGCCAAGAAGAUGAGUUGCCUUGCUCUCUCUGGUGGCCCUACAGGAACUCUUGGCUAGAGGAAGUGGAGGGGCCUCGGGAUGUGGAGAGCCGAAAGCUAACUCCAGGACAGCAGAACAGAGAGAGCCGCCAACAGACAGACGCAGGUAGACAAGCCUGCACCUUCCAGAAUGACCAGUGCUGCCCCUGCUAGGAAACCUUACCGGAAGGCACCUCCGGAGCAUCGAGAGCUGCGCCUGGAAAUCCCUGUGUCCCAGCUCGAGCAAGAGGACUCCCUGACUGACGCAGAGAGGAUGAAACUUUUGCAGCAGGAGAAUGAAGAGCUUCGCCGACGCCUGGCCUCGGCCACCAGACGCACUGAGGCCUUGGAGCGGGAGCUGGAAAUCGGGCAAGACUGCCUGGAACUGGAGUUAGGCCAGAGCCGUGAGGAGCUGGACAAGUUUAAAGACAAAUUCCGCAGGCUGCAGAACAGCUAUACAGCUUCCCAGCGGACCAACCAGGAGCUGGAGGACAAGCUGCACACACUGGCCUCUCUUAGCCACAGCUGGAUUUUUGCAAUCAAGAAGGCUGAGAUGGACAGAAAGACACUGGACUGGGAGAUUGUGGAGCUGACGAACAAGCUGCUGGACGCCAGGAACACCAUCAAUAAGCUGGAGGAGCUCAACGAGCGGUACCGGCUGGACUGCAACUUGGCUGUGCAGCUGCUCAAGUGCAACAAAUCCCACUUCCGGAAGCACAAGUUUGCUGAUCUACCCUGUGAGCUACAGGACAUGGUUAGGAAACAUCUGCGUGACGGUCAAGAGGAUGCCAGCCCCAGCCCUCCUUCCAGCCUGGCCGCAGGGGCUGUGGUGCCCACCUCGGUCAUCGCCCGGGUGUUGGAGAAACCGGAGUCUCUCCUGCUCAAUUCAGCCCAGUCAGCCAGUGCUGGACGCCCCUUGGCUGAGGAUGUAUUCGUGCAUGUGGACAUGAGUGGGGACGCUCCAGGUGACUCAGCCAGCCCCCCAGCCCCUGGCAGUCCCUCUCCACAACGCAAUGGGGACUGCUGCUCUGGGAGUACUGUAGGAGGCUCCCCAGAGGAGGAGCAGCCCCUGGCAGCCUCUGAGAAGUUGAGUCCCUACCCUACCCCAUCUCCACCACACCCAUUGUAUCCUGGCCGGAAGGUAAUAGAGUUUUCUGAGGAUAAGAUUCGAAUUCCUCGCAACAGCCCCCUACCCAACUGUACUUACGCCACUCGACAGGCCAUCUCCCUGAGCCUAGUGGAGGAGGGCAGUGAGCGGGUCCACCACAGCCCAGUGCCUAGCAACCCUGCCUCAGCCCAAGGCUCACCCCAUCACCAGCCUAGUCCAGCCCCCUCAGCACUCAGUGCCCCAGCCAGCUCUGCCAGUUCUGAGGAGGACCUGCUGGCCAGCUGGCAGCGUGCGUUUGUGGACCGCACCCCGCCCCCGGCUGCUGUAGCCCAGCGCACAGCCUUUGGACGAGAUGCACUCCCUGAGCUACAGCUGCACUUCUCCCCCAGCCGCUCUGGGGCCCCACCACCUUCCCCACACCCUGAGAGUGGACUUCUGCUGCCAACAGAGCCCGACUCUGGCUUUCCCAGGGAAGAGGAAGAGGAAGUGCUGAACCUGCCUGUCAGCCCUGAGGAAGAGCGCCAGAGCCUGCUGCCUGCUAAUGAGGGCACAGAGGAAGGACCAAGCGCUUCCCAUAUUGAUAGCAGGGUCUGGCCACUCCCCAGUUCCAGCCGCCCCCAGCGCAGCCCCAAGAGAAUGGGAGUACACCACCUGCACCGCAAGGACAGCCUAACGCAGGCGCAGGAACAGGGCACCCUGCUCAGCUAAGCCCACCUGCCUUCCUGCUACCACCUCGCAGGGCUGCAUACGGCUCCUGAGCUCUUUGCUCAGCCCUGGGUAGCUGUUAGCUGUGUGAAUGGGGUCCACACCAAAUCUUGCAGCUGCAUUGGCACUGACUGGUCAGCUUGGCUCCUGGUUUCUUCCUCUUGGAAUACUUAGUCUCCAAAGUUAAUAAGUCAUUUGAGUCCCAGGCUCUGCCCUCCAUUCAGUCAGCCCAGGUGCGAUCAUGGGGAAAGGCCCCGCUUGCCAGUGUUCCUUGUACAUUCUUUCAUAUCUAAGAACUUUGGUUGGUAGGGGGAGGGUAUCAUUGAUGCUGCUGGCCUGAUUACUCUCUUCCUCUGCACGAGCUACUCUUAGGCCUGGCCCAGAUGCCUAGGGACAAGGGUGGCUUUACUCAGGGCUCCCCUCAGCUGUUCCCACCCUCCUCUCCAGGGGAGGAUGGGACUUCAGGGGCCUCAAGCUAGGCUCCAGGUGAGGCCUGACCCCCUCUUAUCCUUGGCUCUAGACUGUUACUCCCAGAUUUGGGGAAUUUUUCACAUUAAUGACUUUUAAAAUCAAAUAAAACAUAUUUUACAGGUA